CUUUCUCUCCAUCACUCCCAUUCUUCUUCUUCUUCUUAUUCGUCCUUUCUGAGUUUCUCGAGUCGGUUGUAGCUAUGGCGGUGAAGGGCAGAGAGGAGGGCGGCGUUAAGGGCGGAGCCGGGAAAGUGAACGGCAUUAAGGAGGUGCACUACAGAGGCGUGAGGAAGAGGCCGUGGGGCCGCUACGCCGCCGAAAUCCGCGAUCCGGCGAAGAAGAGCCGCGUGUGGCUGGGGACUUUUGACACGGCGGAGGAGGCGGCGCGUGCGUAUGACGCCGCCGCCCGGGAGUUUCGUGGGGCUAAGGCGAAGACGAACUUCCACUCGCCGUCGGAGAAUCACAGCCCCAGUCAGAGCAGCACGGUGGAGUCUUCCGGCAGCGAGACGGCCGGCCACGCGCCGCAGUUCCCUCUGGAGCUGGAUCUCACGCGCCGCCUUGGUUCCGGCGAGGCUAGAUCCGUCAAUAAUAACAAUACAUUCCAGAUUUUUCACCCUCAGCCGGCCGUCGCCGUUCUCCCUAACGGACAGCCGGUUCUGCUUUUCGAGACGCUGUGGCGGCCCGGCGCCGUGAGCCGCCCACUCCCGGACCAGUUCGAUCCGGCGCCGGAGAUUCCAUCCAAACGCCCCGCUCUCAGCGACUCAAGCACCUUCUCCGUCGUGGAAGAGAACCAGUUCGUCGGCGUCGGCGUUGCAGAGAAACGCCUUAACCUCGAUCUUAACCUUGCUCCACCCACGGAAGCUUGAUUAAUCUUAAUCAAUGAUUACUAGAAUGAGAUCAUCACUAAUUGCUUGUUUUUGUACAUAGAAUUCGAGUGUACUGUCGUGUUUUUUUUACAGCCGACAGAGCGAAUUGCUUUCAAUUCCUCUUGCUAGCUGUUCCUACUCAACUGUAACUCGUUAUUCUUCUUUUUCCGGUGUAGAGGCCAGAGGGUGAGACCAACGGAGUAUACGGUAAUAAUGUGGUCAAAAAGGGAAUUUUAAAUACGGAGUAUUAAAAAUACCGUUAACAACUUUGAUGAUGCGGUAAGUGACUUCAGCAACGGACAAUUGAGGCGGCUCACGCGACAGUUGGCUUGGUGUGGGACACGGUGGCUGCCGAUUCCGUGUGGACGGGGUACAUGUCGCGUAAAAGGUAGACGGCACGUGUACGUACGCUGCCGUCCAUCAAUUAUUUUCUUACUUUUUUUUUUUCUUCCUUUUAAUUUUAUUCUAUUGGAAUCGUAUGAUCAUAUCCCACUAAUUAUCAGUACCUGAAUUUUUUAUGUUU